AUGCCUUUAGCCGUCGACUUAUUGCACCCUUCUGCCGAAAAACAGAAGCGUUCGCACAAAUUGAAAAGGUUGGUUCAGCAUCCGAACAGUUACUUUAUGGACGUGAAAUGUCCUGGUUGCUAUGCCAUUUCGACGAUUUUCUCGCACGCCCAAUCCGCCGUUCCUUGCAAAGGAUGCUCGACAAUCCUUUGCACGUCGACCGGAGGCAAAGCGAGGCUCACAGAAGGUUGCAGUUUCAGACGUAAACAACAUUAA